AUGCCACCUAAUCGCAGAGACCGUAACGGCACGGUUGUUACCAACCCUACCCCCAACCCCAACCCCAGACCACAACCACCAUCACCACCAUCCUUCGUCAUCACCGUCGUGGACCACUCCCUCCCAUACGAAACCCACAACAUCUACUCCAUCACCUUCGAUUCAAACCCCCCUAUCCAAACCCUCCUAACCUCCACCCCCUCCAUAGUCGACACAUGGCUCCUCGACACCCUCUGUCUCCAAACCCCCUCCCCCCUCCUCAUCGGCCUCGACAUCGAAUGGCGUCCUAACUUCCAACGCGGCCAAUCAAACCCCGCCGCCGUCCUCCAGCUCUGCAUCAACAACCGCUGCCUCGUUUUCCAAAUCCUCCAUUCCCCUUUCAUCCCUGAUUCCCUCCUAACCUUCCUCGCCAACCCCAACAACAGAUUCGUUGGAGUUGGGAUUAAAGCUGACGUCGAGAAGCUUCUGGAGGAUUAUAAUAUCAUCGUCACCAAUUUCGUUGAUUUACGGAACCUCCCUGCUGAUGUGUUGAAUGAUCGAGAGAUGUUGAGGACUGGGAUUAAAUCCUUGGCGCAACGGGUGAUUGAGAAAAGUGUUCAGAAACCCAAGAGGGUUUCGAUGAGUAGAUGGGAUAAUGUUCGCCUUAAUGCUCAGCAGGUUAAAUAUGCAACUGUUGAUGCUUUUGUUUCCUUUGAGAUUGCUCGUCUUCUUUAUUCUCAUCACAAUUGA